AUGGCCCUGUUGAACGACAAAGAAUUCGAGGAACUGGUUCCCGAAUCGUUAAAUCUCUUCACUCUUCCUUCCUAUCAAACCAGCGUUCAGAAACAUUACUUCGUCAACGUGCGUCCUCUGAGCCAAAUCAACGAUUCAACGCCUUUGGAAUUUCACGUGUCCAAUUCCGGGGGCGACUACGUCGAUCUGAAGCGCACCCGUCUGCACCUCAAUGUCAAAGUCACUCAAACGGACGGUACAGCAUUAGCAGAAGAUGAAAACGUGGCCCCCGUGAACCUGUUUUUGCAGUCGCUCUUUUCUCAAGUGACGGUCUACCUGCAGAAUCAGCUCGUGUCUUCCACCAACAACCAUUACGCUUACAAAAGUAUGAUGAAGACCCUGUUGGAGUACGGAGCCGAGGCAAAGACCACUCAGUUGACAGCUCAGCUGUUCUACAAGGACGUAGCCGAACAAAACUCCGACCUGGAGAGCAGCGACGUCACUGGAUCUAUCAACGGCGGAAUGUCAUCGAGAGCCUCCUACAUAGCGGACAGCAAAGUACUGACCAUGUCGGGACCCAUCUACGAAGAUAUCUUCGACAUGAACCGGUACCUGCUGAACGAGGUGGACCUGACAUUGAAGAUGUACAGAUCGAAUCAUAAAUUCUGCUUGAUGAGCAGCGUGACCGAGCACGAAUUCAAAAUUCAGAUCUUGGAUGCCUACCUGCAGGUGUGCAAAGUCAAAGUCAACCCCGCCCUGAUCUUGGCUCACAACACGCUGUUCGAAAAGACGAACGCUCUCUACCCGUAUACAAAAAAUGAGGUCAAGGUCACCAGCAUUCCCACCACGCAGCAGACUCACUGCAUAGACAACGUCUCUAACCCCGUGGCCAACAGAUACGUCGUCGGAUUGGUGGACAGUUCGAGUCUAAAUGGCAGCUAUACAGGCAACCCGUUUAAUUUUAAGUCGUCCAUGCUUAAAAAGAUGACGUUGUACAUCGAUGGGGUCAGUGUUCCGGGUCAACCCACCGAAGCAGAUGAUGUCGCCUGUUACGUUAACAUGCUAGACGGCAUGGGUCUGUGGAAGGAAAACAAGGGAAACGCUAUCACCAGAAGUGAAUUUCUCUUGGGGAAUGCCUUGUUCGUCUUCGACAUUGAUAAAAUGUGUGCAGAUUCGGAGUACCUGAACCUGGUGAAAUCUGGAAGUGUGAGGCUCGAACUUGAAUUCAAAUGGCCACUCAUCACGACGCUGAGUUGCGUCGUCUUGACUCAGAGGAAUUCCAUCAUCGAAAUCGACCAGGCUCGCAACGUGUUUGUCAAGUAA